AUGCCGCUACACAAGCUAGGAACGUCUUUCCUUGGCGCCUUGCAGGCGUGCAUCUCGGUGCUCCUGACACUGUCUUAUGGCGUGGCUGCUCGCCAUAUGGGAAUGGUCCGCGAGUCGUCCAUCAAGGACAUGUCCGGGGUGGGGAUCAAGCUGUUUUUUCCGGCGCUGAUGAUCAUCAACCUGGGAUCUCACCUCCAUGCAUCCAGUAUUCUGAACUACGUGCCAGUUCUCUUCUGGAGCAUCGCUGCCAUCCUCAUCUCAUUGGGUAUUGGCGAAGUGGGUAGAAGGCUGCUCAGGCUACCGCUCUGGGUCACGCCAGCAUGUGCCUUUAACAACACGACCGCGCUACCACUCCUGCUUAUUAAAGCGCUGCAGAGCGCGGGGAGCCUGAGGGGGCUUCUCGGCCCCGGUGAAAAUAUGUCGGAUGCGGUCAGCAGAUCGCAGAGCUACCUGCUCAUCUGUGCCGUGAUCAAUAAGAUUUUGACUUAUUCUAUCGGGCCAAAACUACUCCUCCGAGCAGAAAAGGGAAGGGGGGACUCCUCGCCAGAAGACAACCGUCCUGACACCGCGGACAAUCAGUCAGAUCAUGCCGAUGUAGCUCACACAGAUGAGCAUACUCCCUUGCUGCCCGGAUCCAUGCAUCGCACCAAAUCCAGCAUGUGGAGGCAGGUCAAGGGCACGUUCAGCCGUCUGUUGGCCAUGCUACCCGACCGCGUCCAGGAAGAGGCGCUGUCCUUUGAUUCUCCGUACAUCCUCGAUGCAGCUCUGGCGAUGUUGAUUGGGGGCCUCUUGGGGCUGACGCCACCCCUACACAGAGCCUUCUUCGAUCCGUAUGAAGAAGGCGGAAUAUUUAACGCAUGGUUGGUUUCAAGCGUGAAGAACCUCGGCAAGCUCUUCAUCACCCUGCAACUCUUCACCGUCGGCAGCAAACUCGGCGUCAGCUUCGAGAAAAUCCGCCGCGGAGAGGGGACCGGCCGGAUACCGUGGAGUGCGGUUGGUUUUGUGUUUGUCGUCCGUUUUAUUCUAUGGCCAGCGUACGUCCUCUCAUUCCCUCGCCGCCGGGUGACAAACCCCUCGGACUGUUAUAUUGACAGUGGCAGCAUGAGCAUUCCGCUCGUAUACUUGGUGGCCAGCCGGACGAGCCUGCUCGGGGACGAUCCGAUACUCUGGUUCACGAUGAUGCUGAUGCCUACUGGGCCACCCUCGCUUGUCAUUUCGGGGCUCGCGGAACUUGCGCACGUCUCAGAGACGGAAAGACUCAUCGUCAUCAAAGCUCUCACGGUAAGGAGCCGAACCCUCGUUCUGCGGCGGGCGAUGCAGCCGCGACUGACAGCUUCUUUGUCUCCGCAGAGCCAGUAUGCCUUGUCGCCUCUGAUCAGUUUCACCGUGACGGGCGCAUUGGAAGCAUGUGCGCUACAUCACCUCCAUGCUCAUGGCCAGCGACACACCAUCCAUCCGACUGGUGAUCGGAAGACGUCCACACAAACAAUGAGGGAGAAAAUCACCGCCAGCUCCAUCGAAAACCGUGCACCACCGCCCGAAAGCCUACCGGAAACAUGCCUAUUCUGCCUGGAAGACCUGGGACCAGAUACCCCGUACCGCCAGCUGUCCUGCACCCAUUAUUUCCACUCGCCCUGCAUUAGUGACUGGAUGGGCCGGGGUGCGGACAGUUGCCCUCUGUGCCGCCGCAAGCUGGGAUUCAGACCGUGGUUGCGCAGGGAGCAGCCGAGCGCGCAGACGCCGGUCCAGUCGCGGAAACGGCUUCGGGACAGGAGAGACGCGCCUCCGAGGGGUGGUUUCCUGGAUAGGGCCUGGGGGAUGCUGUCCGAGAGGCACUCAUAG